UUAGCCGAGAGCACGAAAAAUUAAAUUCCAAAAGCCUUUAAAUAAGCGCAGUUUCAAAUCUUCAGCUCCUCAUUUCCUUCUCGUGAAGAUGUCAAUUGCAGUUUCGCAGCAGAUCUCCCUAUUCCUAUCCCAAAUCGAAAGCCGGAGAUUCAAUGAAGCAAAUAUUCGAGUUCUCGAAUCCUUUUUAGCUUCGAACGACUUCAAAUCCUUGGACGGGGUGGCGCGUGCUUUGAAACAGUUCAUGAGAAAGGAAUCUCUCUGCAUUAUUCAGGAAAUCGCUGGAAAAUCUACGGAGCAUAAGCUUCUGAUCGUCGAUUUUCUAGUACGCGUUUUUGCUCUAAUUGGAGAUACUGAGAGUUGCUUGGCCUUGAGAUAUGAGGCAUUGCUUAUGAGAGAGCAAAAAGCCACCAGUGAUCAAGGACUUCUUGUUUCAUAUAGUGAGUGGCUCACUUUUGCUGAGCAUUCACUGGAAAAUGGCUUUUGUUCCAUCGCAAAGAAGGCAUGUGAAAAGGCACUUUUAUGCUUUGAGAUGAACAUCGUGAUUGACCCUGGAAAAGAUGACUUUGUAAUUGAAAAAAUUAAGAAGCUUAAAGAUAUUGCUGUGAUCUCGGCUUCUUCAAGAUCAGUUCAGGCGCAGGCAGCAGAAUACUUCAAGAAGAAAACAAUUCUGCAGACCUCACAAGAAUCCUACAUUUCUGUGGAAGCCAAAAGCUCAGGAAGCACUCUAUUUAGAAAUGGAAUCAAAAGGCGUCACAGGCGCCAAUUGGAUGAACAUCGACAUUUGGAACAGAACGAAGAAGCGUCUGGAGACGUGCCAAAUAUUUGUGCAGGAAUGAUUCUUCUUAGAAGUAUUACGAUAUUAGAGGUCACCAAUUUGAUAAAGAGAUCAAUUGCCCUUUCCAUAUGGUUAGUACAAUCUCUCCCACAGAUGAUUACUUUGAUAUAGCACGAUACAGUUACUACGAUAUAUUUGAAUCUUAUAAGAAAUUUGGUCGUUUCCGUAUGCCUACGAAAAGAGCCAACUUUUGUGCUGUCGCGAGAACCUCUUGUUUCAUCUAUUCAUUCUCCUCUUCAACAUUUGCUCCUACAAUAUAAUAAAUAAUUAG